CGAAAUCCGCGAAAUCAGUCGAAAUUGCAGGCUCAGGCUCAAGGGGCGCUCGAGAUGACGGUCUGAGGACGACAAUGCGAGCGUCGGAUGACCGGCUCAGUCAGAGACGCAAUAAACAGCCCGUUGGCGAUCAUCAGCGCUACACGGACCGGCUCAUCUACGGACUGCGAGCUCUCUGGCUCGUUGUGCUCGUUGGCGGCGAAUAUCUUGCAUUCAGGCUCGACGCUGCUGCCUGCAGUUGGCCAGAUGACGAGUUAGGAGGGGCUGUCGGCACGGAAGACGAUGUGUCACCUCCGUUCCACUUGCUGAUCGUCGCUGAUCCACAGAUACUCGACUUGCGAUCAUAUCCUGGGCGGCCAUGGCUGGGCAAGUGGGCAAGCAGACUGGCGACCGAUAACUAUGCUCGCAAAGCUUGGCAAGCAGUCCUCAACAGACAGCGUCCUCACGGCAUAUUCUUUCUCGGCGAUCUGCUGGAUUCGGGCGUCGAGGUCACUGAUCGUGGAGAGCAUUCACAUUAUGUACACCGGUUUCAUGAUCUGUUUCCUACACGCAAUCUACCUGCAGUUUAUAUGCCUGGCAAUCACGACCUCGGUCUUCAUGCUUCGGCUGGAGGCUCAGCUUAUGCUCGUGAGAGGUUUAGGGAUUCUUUUGGUGAAUUGGAGGGCGCCACACAAUUUGGGAAUCAUACUUUGAUCUGGAUCGACGCCAUGGCACUCUUGGACGAAUCCCCGACUGGCACCGGUGAGCCCAUGCCAGGCACAGCCCGAUACUUUGUCAAACAGCAUUCUGCAACUAUCGAAAGUCUCCCAACCAUCUUGUUCUCCCAUAUCCCGCUUUGGCGGCCCGACGGUACUCCCUGUGGCACCUCGAGAGAACACGCCCAACCAAUCUACCAAGGUCGAGGUCGGAAUUAUCAAAACGAGCUGGACGAAGGGACAAGUCGCUUCUUGCUCGAUACACUGCAGCCUGUUUACGUCUUCAGUGGCGAUGACCAUGACGCCUGCCGGAUCGAGCACAACCUGGCCAGCGUUGCGACGGGUCAGCCUCGCACUUUACCCGAGGUCUCCGUCAAGGCGUUUUCGAUGGCCAUGGGCAUACACCGGCCUGGGUACUCACUGCUCUCCCUACACAACUCUGGCCGCUCGUCGUUCGGCAAGACGGCAGCUGAUAGAGCCUGCGAAUUGCCCGAUCAGCUCGGUAUCUAUCUGCAUGUGUACACCCCUCUGCUCGCCUUCACAGUGCUUGCAGUCUUUUUGCCACGCCUUCAUGCGGUUCUCGCCCGACGGCGGAGCUCGCAUGCGAGGUCUAAUGGUGUGCCCCUUCAGAACCGUUCUCAUACCCGCGUGCUCUCGAGGAGCAUGUUCGGCAAUCGCGUUAGGCCUGCAGAAGAAGACUCGGACGAGCUUUCGGAGACGGACGAAGUCUCUUUUGCGUACAACGGAUCAUCCUUCACGCAGUCGGACUAUGCUUAUUCUCCUGGCGAGGCCGAGGAGGGCAUGUCGAUCGCCUCGCUGCAGCGCGCGGCGGCGUCGCAUGCAGAUGCUGACAGAACGAAGCAGGCUACAAGGCUCAGUAGAUACAACCGCCGGGCAUAUUUAUGGGAGGACAGGGACGGAAACGUUCUUCAGAGGCUCGUGCAGCUCGGUAUAUUGAAUCGCUGGGCUAUUCGACCUAUCUCACGCGCCCUGCGGUAUGUUUACCGUCGCAUAUGGUCUCCCUCUCUUCGCGCCCUCUGGGUCGAGGUUUCGAAUAGCACGCUGCUGAAUGGCACGCUGAGAGAUCUCUCCCGCGUUGUCUGGGUCGGUGUCUCGAUUUUUGUUGGCAUCAAUGCAUGGUCUGCCCUCUAG